AUGUAUAUACUGGAGAAGUGAAGUAGCAAGAGGGGAGGGCAAGCUGCACUUGCUUGCUCGCUUACUUUCUUGGGACACUUCUUAUUUCUUCGGACCAUGAUUGGUAAUACUUGUUAGUAUUUGUUUAACUGUUGCAUCGGGAAUUUUGCAAAUUUAUUUUCCUCGACAGUGUUAUCACGUCAUAACCAGAGUUAUACCCUCUGAAAGCACAAGUAAAAUCUAAAAGAUCUUUUAAUAAGAGAUUUCAAAAAUGGAUUGGCAGUGGUUUUAUAUUGUUUUUCUAUCUUGCAUAAUACUAAAUGUUACUGCAGAACCAUAUUAUAGCAUAAUAGCUCCAAAAGUAAUACGACCGGAUUCAGAAUAUCAUGUAGCUGUAAGUAUAAAUGAUAUAUCAACACCAUCAACAGUAUAUAUUGAACUAAAAGGGUCAUUUGACAAUAAUCCGAAGAUAAAAGAAUUAUUCAAUGUAUCUCAAAUUAUACAAGUACAGCCAUAUAGUACAAGAAUUCUACGAUUUGAGAUUGGCGAUAUUAUUCCUGGUGCAUAUGAAUUAAUUGCACGUGGUUUAUCAGGAAUAGAAUUUUCACAGUCAAAGUCGAUCGAGUUUAUUCCUAAAAGUUAUUCAGUCUUCAUUCAGACUGACAGAGCAAUGUACAAACCAGGAAAUAAAGUUAUGUUUCGAUGCAUUUUGUUGAAUUCCAGACUUAGGCCUACACUUGAAAGAUUGGUAAAUGUCUAUGUCACAGAUGGAAAAGGAAAUAGAAUUAAACAAUGGGAUCGUCCACCCGUAACUCAUGGGAUUUUUAGUGGAGAAAUCGAACUGUCUGAAUAUCCAGUUUUAGGUACUUGGAAAAUUACAGUAAAUGUUGGCGAUCAAAUAUUCGAAAAAGACUUUGAAGUUGCUGAAUAUGUAUUACCUAAUUUUGAAGUGACAAUUGAUACUCCUAAACAUUUUACAUUUAAAGAAUCAAAAAUCACUGCAACUAUCUAUGCCAAGUAUACCUAUGGCAAAGCAGUGAAAGGAGAAGCAACUGUUACAGCUUAUCCUGAUAUAUUUUCUGGUGUUAUACAACCAAUAUACCAACAGCCUAUAAGGAAAGUGAUUCCUAUAGAUGGGAAAGUGAUUGUUGAUUUUGACAUUCACGACGAACUGAAGCUCACUGAUGAAUACGAAAGACCAGUUAUGCUUGAUGUUACAGUAGAGGAAUCUUUAACUGGUAGAAGACAGAAUACUUCUGCACAUAUAACACUACAUAAACAUAAAUACACAAUGGAUUUGAUAAAAACAUCAGAAUACUACAAACCAGGAUUAAAGUAUACAGCAUAUAUAAAAUUAACAUACCAUGAUGGAACACCAGUGAGAGACAAUAAAAAUUUUGUUACGGUAAAAUAUGGAUAUACUUACAUUAUUGAUAAUCAAUCUACAUAUACAAAUAUUACUGAUAUGUUAGAUGAAAAUGGAAUGGUAGAAUUGAAUUUUUAUCCACCAAAAACUAAUGACAACAUGUCAUAUCCUUUGAACAUUGAGGCUCAAUAUUUAAAUCUUUAUGAAUGGUUUCCAUCAAUAAACCAAGCAAUGUCACAAAAUAAUGAAUACAUACAAGCUAUUUUGAAAACUGAAAAGCCUAUGGUUAAUCGAGAUGUUGAAAUUGAAGUAAAUUCUACAACCCCAUUAAAAUACAUUAAUUAUGAGAUAUUCGGACGCGGCGAUAUACUGGAUGCAGGUUCUAUAUUUGUUCAAAAUAAACAUACAACAAGUUUUAAAUUCUUGGCAACGUAUGUUAUGGCUCCUACUGCACAUAUAAUUAUAUAUUAUAUAGGAGACGAUGGAGAAGUGAUUGCAGAUGCCUUAGAUGUAGAACUAGAAGGAGUGCUUCAAAAUUUUGUUGAUAUUAAAAUGACAUCUGAAGAAGUUGUACCGGGAGAUAAUGUUAAUUUUGUUAUUACCUCAAAACCAAAUUCAUAUGUUGGAUUAUUAGGCAUAGAUCAAAGAUCUAUACUUUUGAAGUCUGGCAAUGAUAUCUCAUACGAACAAGUAUAUAAAGAGCUAAAAUCAUAUGAUAAUACUCAUAAAUCACCUUAUGCAGAUUCAGUUUUUGAUCGAUACCUAUGGUAUCCUGGUUCGGCUACAGCAAAAGAUGUUUUUACAGAAAGUGGUGCCGUCAUCAUAACAAAUGCAUAUGUUCAUGAAAACUUCCAAAUUCAACAACCGGGAAUACUGGAAGGUAGAAUAACAGGCUCAUCUCAUGGGGCAUCCACACUUCGACCAGACCUUGGUCCACCCGUUACGCACAAACUAGCAACAAGACCACCACUGGCAGGUCCUUAUGCCUUCUCUCGCAUCCCACCUCCUGUUUGGAAUAAGCCCCGUGUAUUCCUAAUGCAUGACAUCUCAAACACUUGGCUUUUUACAAACUUCUCUGCAGGAUAUGAGGGAAAAAAUGAGCUGAAGAGAAACGUACCUGAUUCAAUUACAUCAUGGGUGCUCACUGCAUUUUCUGUAAAUGACGUUCAUGGAUUAGGUCUUAUAGAAGAACCACGAAAGUUAAAAGUUUUUAGACCAUUUUUUAUUUCCAUGGAUCUUCCUUACUCUGUAAUUCGAGGAGAGAUUGUUGCAAUCCAAAUUGUGGUAUUUAAUUAUAUGAACAAAAAUGUUAUGGCUGAAGUUUUGUUAACAAACGAGGGUCAGUUUGAUUUUGCAGAAAUGUCCAACGAAGUUCAGGAUGUACCAAAAUUGGAAUUAUAUCGUAAGAAGAAAGUGGAAGUGAAAGCUAAUUCUGGAAGUAGUAUUUCCUUCAUGAUUGUUCCACGAGAAUUGGGAUAUAUAACGAUUAAAGCAACCGCAAGUAGUGUACUAGCUGGAGAUAGUGUCGAACGUAAACUACUUGUUAAAGCUGAAGGAGAAACACAAUAUAUGAACAAAGCUACUUUUAUAGAUCUCAGAAGUACAACGAACACAUCAAUGAAUGUUACAAUUGAUGUACCAAAAAAUGCAGUACCAGGUUCAGAAUACAUUGAAAUAUCUGCAGUAGGUGAUAUAUUGGGUCCAAGUAUUUUGAAUUUGGCAAAUUUAAUUAAAAUGCCAUCUGGUUGUGGAGAGCAAAAUAUGUUAAAAUUUGUUCCAAAUAUAAUGAUAUUAAAUUAUCUGAAAAACACAAAUCAAUUAACACAAGCAGUAGAAAGCAAGGCUCUUCGAUAUACAGAAAUAGGCUAUCAAAGAGAAUUAACUUACAGACAUAAUGACGGAUCAUUUAGUGCAUUUGGCAUGUCAGAUAGCAAUGGAAGUACAUGGCUUACUGCUUUUGUAGCAAAAGCUUUUAAACAAGCUGCUGCAUAUAUCCCAAUCGAAGACAGAAUAAUAGAUGAAGCUUUGCAAUGGUUAUCAAAUAAUCAAGCUCCCAAUGGAAGUUUUCCUGAAGUAGGAAGAGUUAGUCAUCGAGACAUGCAAGGUGGUGCUGCAAAAGGUCUUGCAUUAACAGCAUUCACUCUUAUUGCUUUUCUCGAAAAUGCAGACUCUAAUGGAAAAUACAGAAACACCAUAAAUAAAGGAAUUGAUUACAUCGUUCGUAACAUGAAUGAUCUAGACGAUGUCUAUGCUUUGAGUAUAUGCGUAUAUGCUUUAAAUUUAGCAAAACAUCCGUAUGAGAUUGCGGCAUUUAAUUUGUUAGAAUCUAAAGCCAUGACUAAGAAAGAUACUAAAUGGUGGAGCAAACCUGUACCAGAAAACGAUAAAAAUCCGUGGUAUCAUUCUCUACCACGAUCUGUCGAUGUUGAAAUGACAUCCUAUGCUUUGUUAACGUAUUUAAGGCGUAAUUUAGUUGCUGAUUCAAUACCUAUAAUGAAAUGGCUUGUACAACAAAGAAAUGCUGAAGGUGGUUUUGCAUCCACACAGGAUACCGUAAUUGGAAUACAAGCUUUGGCGAAUUUGGGUGAAAAAUUAGUAACAAAAACCAAUGCCAUUUCUAUAACAUUCAUGUACGAAGGAGGUGGACAAAGUCAAAUGAACAUAAAUUCUGAUAAUUCCAUGAUACUUCAAAAACAAGUGCUUCCAAAGAAAACACGGUUAAUUAAUAUAACAGCUACUGGAAAUGGAUUUGCUCUAGUUCAAGUUACGUACAAAUACAAUCUAAAUGUAACUGGAGCAUGGCCGCUGUUCACUUUGGACCCUCAAGUAGAUAAAAAUUCCAAUGCUAAUCAUUUGCAACUUUCGAUUUGUUCUGGAUUUGUUCCGACCAAGGAGGCAAAUGUAAGCAAUAUGGUUGUGAUGGAAGUUACUUUGCCUUCUGGUUUUACUGUAGAUAAGGAAUCAUUACCUAGUCUUGAAGUAUCACAGAACGUGAAACGAGUGGAAACUAAAAACGGAGACACAGUCGUGAUAUUAUAUUUUGACGAGAUGAAUAGACAAGAAUAUUGUCCUACAGUAUCUGCAUUCAGAACACAUAAAGUGGCGAAACAAAAACCAGUACCAGUUACUAUAUACGAUUAUUACGAUUCAUCAAGAAGAGCAAGAGUAUUUUAUGAACCACGAAAAGCUACACUUUGUGAUAUAUGCGAGGAUGAAGAUUGUGAAAAUUUAUGUGUAUCGCAACCUGAUAAACAAAAAGAUUUCUCCCAAUCUGCUGCUUCAUGUUUAUCAAAUUGUACACAUCUUCACUUGCUUUUCAUUUUGUUUUAUACCACAUUUGGAUAUUUGUUUGGGUUUUUUUAAGAAUUUUAUAUAACUUUUUUAUACAAUAUAAUGAGAAAGUUUUGUAUAACAAAACAAAAAUUUACAACCAAAGUACUUACAUUACAUAGGAGAAUCAAGCUUUUUCACGUUGAUAUAAUCUAAUCUAAUGUUGAUAUAAUAUGAUCUAAUGUGACGUAAUUUUAAGUUAAUUUAAUCUAAUGUAAUCUUAAGCUGCUUGAAACUAAUGUUCAGAACUUAUUAACUCUACUUUAAAUAAUAUACUAAAUAUAGUUAAAAACAUUACACUUUAUUCAAUUAAGUGUUUAUCUAUUUCUGUUGUAUUUUGAUAUUUUCUUAUACUAGACUAAAUAUACUUUAUUAUUA